GCGUCAGCUGAUGUGAAUCAAAUGUUAAGAAUCCCGGUACCUUUAUAAGUAGACACUUUGUACAAAGGACACGUUUACACAGUAAGCACGAAGCUAAAUCAUAAAUAUGAUAUCGACGACUACUAUGCCACGUACGGAACUAACCUUUCACUUCCGUACAUGCGUGGUUAUGCCACGUUGACAGGAACUUGCUUGAUAAAGGGAAAGUACUCAUAACAAGUUGCAUAGUUACAGUCAGUCGUGGCAAAGUUGCUAAUUUAUUGUUAUAAUAAAUUCAUGCACGUUUGAUUAACAAAUGUAUUAAUAUCUUUAAACAAUGACAUAUUUAAAUAAGUCAUUGAUAAGGAUGUCUAAUAGUGGCAUGUCUAAACACAUCAAUCACUUAUAGGAUAAAUAUAAGUUAACAAGUAUUACUUCCUGUUAGUGCUUUGGCUUUGCUACAAAAGGCAAGUAUUCGCAGCGAAGCUAUAUCUAAAUCCGGCAGUACCGAACAGCCAUGAAUAACUAAAGACUGCACCUUCCUCUUUUAAGCUAACGUGGACUUAAAAUGGUUCUCCUUUUCAUUCUACUGUUAUAUCUUGAAAGAGCUUUCUCCUCAAACGAAUUGUACUCAGCAGCAGACGGCAAAGAAAACGUAUAUACAUUCCAUCACAUGUAUUCGGAGACAUGGCCUGGAUAUGGUACAAAGCGCAUCCCUUCACUUAGCAGAGAACCUACCUAUCAUUAUCUGGUGGACAGCUAAUGGUAACCUCAGCCCUCAUGGUACAAUUGAUGGCAAAGUCACUUACACGCUACUUACCUGCCAUAACGGCGCCACUUGUUACUCUACUGUCGACAGGGAUGUGCUGCAUGACAAAAGGACGCGUGGCAUACUCUUCUAUGGUACUGAUGUUGAUCCUGAAGAUUUUCCAUUGCCGAGGAGAGAAUGGCACGAGUGGGCACUGAUACACGAGGAAUCACCCUUAAAUAAUUACAUGCUCAGCCAUAACCCAAUGAUUCAGCUUUUCAAUCAUACUGCUACUUUCAGUCACAAAUCUGAUUAUCCUUUGACGACAUUUGCCAUCCAUCAUCCAGACUAUUUGACUAGAAGACAACCUGUUAGUACAAAACAGAAAAAUGCUGCACAGAAAUCAAAAGGAUAUUCCCCUAUUGUCUACCUGCAGACACAUUGUGAUGUUCCCUCUGACAGAGACAGCUAUGUUGAGGAACUCAUGAAAUACAUCCAAGUGGAUUCAUAUGGUGAAUGUCUUAAUAAUAAAGAUUUACCUUUUCAUCUCAGAGACCCAGCUGCAACAUUUGAGCACAAUGACUUGCUUGACUUGCUAGCUGAAUACAAGUUCGCACUAGCAUUUGAAAAUGCAUACUGUGACGAUUAUAUGACUGAGAAACUUAUACGGCCAUUACACAUCGGUGUUGUCCCAAUUUACAAAGGAUCACCAGUAGUACAGAAAUGGAUGCCUAAUAAUCACAGCAUAAUUAUGAUUGAGGACUUCAAUUCCCCUAAAGAACUGGCUGAGUUUAUAACUUAUUUGGAUAACAAUGAUGAGGAAUAUGAGAAAUAUUUAGAGUUCAAGAUAAAAGGCAUAACCAACUCUCAUUUAAUAAAUUACCUUGAGAAACGCGAGUGGGAAGAGGGAAUGAAAGACUUUUUCAGGGGUUUCGAGUGCCAUCUGUGCAAGCAGCUUGCGGAACGCAUGGAGGCUGAACAGAAAAAGAAGCUAAACCCAGCUGUGACUCUUCCUCCCAUCCGUAUUGCCAACAGCUCACAUCUUGGAUGCCCCAUGCCUCAGCGCCUUCAGAUUCAGGGAAAAGAAGAACAGCUACGGUGGCCACUUAUUGACUGGACUGGCAUGUACUGGCAUGACCUCGAUCGAGCAAGGGCAGCUUACCAAAUGGUGAAAGCAGGGGAAACUAAUCCAUCAACAUUCAGAAAGUACCUCAGAGAAGAAAUGUCAAAAGCACAUAACAAGCACUAAAUUUCAUUUUUUAAAAGUGAAAUAUAAAGACAGGCAACAGCCAUGCAAGAAUUUUGUGCAAGCUUCCUUACAUUUACGAGAUACACCUAUUCAUUCGUACAUGAAAAAUGUUGCUAGAUUUAAAAUUUGCUUUUGAUUGUCAAGUAUCUGCAUUAUUAUAGACAUGAUGUAAUGGUAGCAAGUCUGUUGUGAGUUUUUUCCUCCCAUUUGAUAGUUAAAGAAAUAAUACAAGCACAUUAUGUACCAUAAAUUUUGGUCUUUUGAGUGUUUAUAAGCUGCACCCACUAAAUUUGUUAAAAAUCUCUCCUUUUUUUUCACACAAAAAAAUUAGUUUAUAAGCCGCAAAUACAUAGAACUUGAAAGCUGCAUUGUAGGCAUUUCAUCUCAUUUUCAGCAUGAUGAGGGUGUGUCUUUCAGCAACUGAUCUAAAUGCUUUAAUUGUAUGCAGCUUUGAUAUUAAAAUGUAAACAGUUAACACAUUAACAUGAGGUCACUGAAAAAUUAAUCAGAAUUUGAAAAAUAUGAAAAAAACUAUGAAUAAUCCACAUUGCAGUUUAAGCUGCAGGGUUUCAAGCUGAGGUAAAAAGUCACAACUUAUUAAGUUGGAAAUUUUCAGUCCAUCUCAAUCAUUAGUGACUGUCCACACUGGACCAUAAAGUCACAAAGAAUGGCUUCUUUGAUAUUUCCUCAGCUUUACUUUGGAUUUAAGAGCAAUGUGAUAUGUAUACACAGAAAAACACAAGGCUUGUGCACAUGCAGUAGGCAUCCAUACUCAUCCUAAUAUUUGAAAUGGUUUUCAUGCUUGAAACAUGUAGAUUUCUUGCAAGCCAAUUGCAAAUUUUAAAGAGAAGCAUAUCUAUGCAAUUUUCAUUUUUUUUCAAAAACACAAAGUCCACAGUGAUCAGCUCUUGAGUAGUAGAUAGUAAAGGUAUGUUUUUAUUGUUUCUGAAGUGAACCAUUUUAUGGCUAUGUAUUCCAACAGACACGCAUGGACUAGGCUUACCCAUUAUCAAGAAAUGCACCAACUUUGAGAACUUUGCACGAUCUGCAGUUGUGGAUGCCUAGCACAUAAAAAAUAACACAGACACAAAAUACUGUCAUCACUAUUAUUUACUCAUAAAAAUUAGUAAAAUUUUAUUAUUGGGUGCCUAGCUCAUUUAAU